AAUAGGUCAUGAAUGUCAUGUCAUGAUUAAAAGAAAAGUAAACGUCAAAUGUCGUCCAAGAAACAAAAAUAAUUUAUUAAUUUCGUCUAAUUUACGCAUUAAACCGUAAAGACUAUGGAAAACGCUCAUUGCCGACUGUGCGCCGAGUUAAAACCACUUGAUAAACUCAUCGACUUGCAAUCCGAGGCCGACAAGUGGAUUGAAAUCGUGAAGAAGCUGAAAAGGCUUAACGCAAGGACAUUAGGGUUGUUUACUGAUGAAGUGCUGCCUAAAACGGUUUGUUUCGUGUGCGUCAGCUCUUUAGACAGAGCCUUCGAGUUUAUUAUGAACGUGGAACACGCCCAGGAGAUGUUGAACACCAUAUUAGUGCGCAAUGUUAAGAAAGAGGAACUGUCUGACGAUUCAGACAGAGAGGAGGCUUUUUUGGAAGAGCAAGCGGAAUCUAUAGUGAACAGCAUUAAAGUCAAGCUUGAAAUACUUGAGUCGGAGUCGGUCGCGCUCUCUGCGCACCAAGGCGAACCGAAAAAGAAGAAGAAAACUGCGAAAUGUCGAAGCUUGGAUUCCUUACCUCUGUCUCAACUUAAACUGACGUGGAAGGACUAUUCCUGGACUUGUUCCUUCUGUGAAACGCAGUACAAGUCUGCCGAGGAGCUGAAGACACAUUCUAUGCAGUACCACCACUGCUGCAACGCUUUUAAGUGCGGCGAUUGUAACCUUAAGAAACAGAAGUUGGACAGUUUCUUAGUCCACGUUAAAAGACAUAGACGGAACCUGAAAUUGUCCUGCUACGUGUGCCACAAGAGUUUCACCAAGCAGAACCAAAUGAGUAAUCACAAAAAUGAACAUGGAACUUCAGAGUACAUCUGCAAAGGCUGCAACACUUGCUUCCCUAAUUUGGAAGAGUUAAAUGAACAUACCAGCAUUUAUUAUAGGGAGAAGAGAGCUCCUCGCAUUGUCCCACCGGAGCUGGUCAGCGAAGACCGCACUUGUGUCUUGUGUAAAAAGGAGUUUAAAAGCAAAGGGAGCUUGACGUCUCAUCUCCUGACACAUACGGAUAGGAAACGGGAUCACACCUGUGAGAAAUGCGGGAAAUGCUUCUUUAACAAGCAGAAUUUAGCCGGACACAUGCUCCUGCACGAUGAUACAAGACCGUACAAAUGCAAGAUCUGCAAGUUUGGCUUUAAAACGCUAGGCCAGUUACGGAACCAUGUUGGAGUCCAUGACGGCAACAAGCCGCACUCUUGCGAUCAGUGCGGCCGUUGUUUCCGGUUACCAAAACAGCUGAAAUCCCACCAAAUUGUACAUACGGAUGAGCUCCCUUACAUCUGCUCGUACUGCGGUAAGAGCUUCCGAUUCAAAACCAUUUUAAACCAACACAUCCGUCAGCACACGGGUAUUAAACCGUAUUCUUGUGAAUUCUGCCAACGGGACUUCACAAACUGGCCGAAUUAUAACAAACAUAUGAAACGUCGCCACGGUAUGGACAUGGCGAAAAAGAAGCACACUCCAGAAGGCUUAUACCCUAUAAACCCUGCUACUGGUGAGGUAGUUAUAACCCCGGAAACCAUGGAAACUGCAGAGUGGAAGAGGGAAAUGCUGAGAUCUCGGAGACCAGGUCGACCAAAGCAGGGCAUCGAAACCGAAGGCCAGAUGCCGAUGGAGCAGAUGCAAAUGGAACCAAUGCAGAUGGAACCGAUGCAAAUAGAGCCGAUGAAUUUCAAGAGUGAAGCCAUUGAAAGUCAGAAUCAAUAGCGGUUGGUAAGGGUGUUAGAAUUAUUAUGUUCAUGUUCA